GUUUGUUUAUAAAGUUUGUUUACGUGGUUCUGUCUCUGGUCUGUGCGAGAAAGGAAACUUUAUAAAAAGACAGGAUGUCCUCUGCUGCUAAGUCUGUUGUAGAUAAACUGAGGCAUUUUGAUGCAUAUCCAAAAACCCUAGAAGACUUCCAGAUUAAGACUGUGUCUGGGGCAGCAGUGACGGUUGUUGCUGGUCUGUUCAUGACUCUUCUCUUCUUGUCGGAACUCUACGACUACUUAACGCCCAAGAUUGCGGAGGAUCUUUUUGUCGACACCACAAGAGGAAGCAAACUACGCAUUAAUUUUGAUGUUGUAUUUCCAAGCAUCCCAUGCAAUUUGUUGAGCUUGGACGCCAUGGACCUGAGUGGCGAGCAGCAUGUUAACGUUCAACAUAACAUAUACAAACGGAAGUUAGAUUUGCAAGGAAGACCGUUACAAGAUCCAGAAAGACAAGAACAUAUUGGCCAUAGCAAAGAUGAUAGUACCAAUACAACUCAAGGAAGUACUGCAGAAGUGACUACACCCAAAUGUGGAAGUUGUUAUGGGGCAGAAUCAGAGAAAAAUCAAUGCUGUAAUUCCUGUGAAGAUGUUAAGGAUGCAUACCGCACGAAGGGCUGGGCAGUCCCGCCUCUCAAAGAUAUAGAGCAGUGUGUGCGAGAGGGUAAACUGGUGGAGUCCGAGGAACUACCCAAGGAGGGCUGUCAGAUGUAUGGAUACUUGGAAGUAAACCGGGUUGGAGGCAAUUUCCAUAUAGCACCUGGGAAGUCCUUCCAACACAAUCACCUUCACAUACAUGACGUUCAGCAGUACAAAACAAAGGAUUUCGACCUCUCUCAUCGCAUCCGGCAUCUCAGCUUUGGUUAUAACAUCCCCGGCAAAACUAAUCCUAUUGAUGGAACUGAAUUCACAACUGAGAAGGGACCAAAAACCAUCACUUACUAUGUCAAAAUUGUACCCACGACAUAUGAGAGGGUAGAUGGCUCCACGCUCUCGACCAAUCAGUUUUCAGUCACACAACACCAAAAGUCUCUUCAGAUGGGGCUGGGAGAGUCUGGUCUUCCAGGGGUGUUCUUCACUUACGAACUGUCUCCUAUGAUGGUCAAGUACACGGAAAAACACAAAUCUUUAGGCCACUUCCUGACGGGAGUUUGUGCUAUCAUUGGUGGAAUCUAUACAGUCGCUGGCCUUAUAGACGCUGCUAUAUAUCAUUCUCAUCGUGCUCUUCAGCGCAAGAUAGAAAUAGGAAAGGCGACAUAAGGAACACUUUUAUAUUAAAUAAUUUGCUAAGCAAGUUCUUUUAUUAGGCAUUUUGUAAAACAAUUAACAGGUUUGUUGAUUUUAGUUUUUACACAAGUAAAGAGAUUGGAUUUUAGGAAGAGGUUUUGUGUUUAUUAUUAUUAUUUAUUUUAAAGAAUAGAAAUAAAUGGGUUGUGUAUACCAUGUUGUUUUGAAAAAGGAAGUAGUUUUUGCAUCACUCAAUUUUUGUAAUGAUUUAAUUUCUGCAAGCUAUACCCAUUUAGCUAGUAAAGAAAAACCAUUGGCUGAACAUUUGUUGUCUAUAUUGGCCCUCUAUUUGCUUUUAUUUGUUUUAGAUAGAAUGAUUUGGUAUUUUCUGAGUUGAAUACGCCUCAAUGAACAGUAAUUCCCGUAUAAAUCUUGCCAAACAAACACCUCAAGGAGAGCAGAUAGUUAUUUUUUAUUUCUGUAUUCUCAUCUGUUGCUUUUACUAUUUCGUUCACUUCUGUCCUUGAUAACAAUAGGUCAUUACUUUAUUGAACAUAUGCCUUGAAUUAUCAUCUCAGUCUCCCAUUUUAUACCAUGAUAUCAUUAACUCCAUGGACUUCAUGCUCAUAUGUGUGUCACUCUCAGAUCAUUUGUAUAUUGUUCAAGUUCUGUGUAGGUAGUACAGUGUGUAUGUGUAUGUAGGCCCGUGUGAUUCUGGUGUUUCCAUUAUCCUUGCAUUAUGUCUUGGGUAUUUCUGUUGAGAUAAUGUUAAUUUUAGCUUGGCAUUGGGAUUUAACCCUAUUGGUAGAUUCAUUGAAUGAAUGUGGGUAUCAAUGAAAUUCACUUAUUCUAAAUACACAUGCAGGAAGCUGUAAAAAAAUGACACCGAUUCAUGUAUAUAACUGUAGAUUAUUGAAUAUCUUACAACCACUAAAGAAUUGUCAAGCUUUGAGUUUUCAAUUGUAUUGUUUUUGCAAUUAUUUUUUGAGUGCACUUGUGUAGAUAUUCUUAAAUGUUUUAUAUAUGUAUGUUUAUAUGUAUGUAUACAUAUAUACAUAUAUUAUUUUUUUCUUCUUUUUUUCUUUCCUUACUUUUUCUGUAUUUUUCUCCAUUGAGUAACACUUUCUGUGUGAAAUCCAUAAUGAUUUAUAUUUUUCUCCACUUCCAUCAUACUGUGAUAGACUAAUGAUAGUAAUCACAGCUGCCAUCUCUAGUGACUGUGGCAAGCAAGCAAUACUAGUCACUGAAGGCAUUCUACGUAUGAGGAGAGAUUUGUCCAAGAAUGUUUGGCAUUUUAAUUUUGAGGAGGAGGAACUUAUUAAUUAGUUAGAAUUUAUUUUGCAGAAUACCAAAGUGUAUCAAAGUUGGGCUUCAAGAUAAAAAAAAUUCAAAGAAAGAGGCAAGUUCAAUAGUUUUCAUGAAAUGUGUACCACCCCCAGACAAUUUAUUUGUUCUGUCUGCUUUAUCCACACUUUAUUUAGAAAUAGAACCAAGUAUCAUAGCUCCACUAAUAGCUUUAACACUACAGAAUAGAUUUUCAAAGCUUGAAGCAUCUGUUCUUCAGAGAAUGUUGUAUAUUACCAUAAAAUUCAGUUCUUCCCAAAAGCCCAAAACAGACUAAGAUAAACUUAUUUCAUUGAGCAGAGCAUGAGAAGAGAUACUAUUACUGCUACUAGAAAUUCAUCAGACAAUUUUUUAAUCUAUAACAAGAAAAUAAUUAUGAUUUUUAAAAAAUAUCGGCUAAAAAUGUAUUCAUAAGUUUGCAAAUAGAAGUGACAGUGAUAACUUUAUAUUGAGUGAAAAAUAACAUAUAUAGUGAUGAUAAUGGUAAGCUCAUUAUCGAUUAUUUGAAAAGUAGUAAUUCAGAAGAAAGUAAACAAAUAAAGAAUCGGCUAUUGAAAAGACUGGUAGAAAGGUUCUGUCUUCAGAGAAUUAAGAUGCAUAUCAACAUUGAAUUUAAUGGGCAUUGGUUAUAGACAUUGUUUAGAGCAAGUAGAGACUUAAAAUUUAGAAGUGUCUAAAUUGGCUUGAUAUUUUCUCUUGGAGGGAAUUGGCCUGUGUAGAAAGUCAUGAUUAUUAAUAGAUUCAGUUCAAUAUAGAAUAUGUGUGCAUCAGUGGUUGAAUAGGAUGAGGUUGAAUUAUUAUCUUCACAGAUGAAGAGAUGUAUCUGACUGAUUUUAGUAAUAUCUUUGUCAAAAAUAUAUCAUUGAAACCAGUCAAAUUCAUCUCUUGCAUUGUGAAGGUAUUUGUUCUCAUUCACACCAUUUUCUACAUUUGUUGGAAUGAACUUGGUGGUUCGCAUCUUUGGUUAUUCAAGACUUUUUUUAAUGCCUGGAUUAUUCUUGUGCUUUGCAGUUCCAGUAAUGAUGACUGGUUUGAGGUAUCUGCUUGCCUUUUCACAUAAUGUUAUUAAAAAGGAGGUGUAUAUGCAUAAAAUUUGGGUGUAUACUAGUGGCAUUUGACUUUUUGCUGGAGGUAGAAUUUCAGAUUUUAUGAUUCAGAAUUAUAGGUAAAAUGGAAUUUUGAAAUAAGUGUAUAGAUAUUUUGAAUUGGAAAAAGAUAAUGACCUUAACUUUAGAUAUUACAAUCGAUUACAAACUAUCCCUGCAUUGCAACAUAGUAUAAUAGGAUGUUUUGAAUCUCACACUUCCUCAUUUAUUCAUGGAUUUCUUUUUCAUUUUCUUUUCUUCAUGUCCUGGGUCAUGAUCUGAUACUUACAUUGAAAGUUACUCCAUGAUGACAGAUGCGUGAAAGUCGGAUCUCAUGCUUUUUGUGAAAGAUUUUUAUUCAUCCUUUUUCUGAUCUGAAAUUCAGCAAGGUACCAUAGGAAAAUGUAUAUUUUGCAAUAUGCCAUACAUUAUUUUUACAUGUACUUUUUUACACAUUUUAUAACAGUUACUUGUGUAUGCUUGUUUGCACAUAUGUUGUUUGUUUGCACUAUGACUGGUGUGUAAAAAGCUUACUGGUUCAUAAACAUUAGUAUUUUUGAAUAUAUAUGCUUUUUUAGGUAUAUAUAUUCAGGGAUAUAUAUCAAAAUAGUUCUUACUGACUUAUAUCCAUGUGUUUCGCUUUCAUUUUUGUGUAUAUAACUCAUUUUAGGAAUGUCACAAACCUUUUAUUGCUCAACAUUGUGUUGUUGGAAAUCAGCACUGGAAUAUGGGACCACGUCAGCAUCCCUUCCACGUUAUCUGUAGAAUAGCGCAGGUGGGCUUUGUGUUCAAUAUGCAAUCAUGAUGUAGCUCAUGCCAUUUAGAUUUCAAUACAGCGAGUAGGGUAGGAUUUAGUUUUUUUUUUUUUUUUUUUUUAGUUUUGUAGAUGUGCAUCAAGUCUUAGGUUUUAUGAAUAUGUAUGAAAGAUAAUUGACUCACUACAAUAGGCCCCUUUCUUUCCCUGAAGAAAGGAAAAAGAGUAGAAAAGUAAAGAAAUAUAUGUAUUUUUUUCUUGAUUAUUUUUUUCUUUAGUUCUUUCUUUUUAUACAUACAGUAUUACGUAAGAGCUGUUUUGCCAUUGCUUUUCCUUUGCUUGUCUUUUUUAUGUCUGAAGAGUGACAUACAAGCCUUCAUUUAUGUGUGUUUGCGUGCCUGCG